UAUCUUCUGGAGAUACUUGCUGGUGCUCUUAUUACUUUUGUUUUUAUUCAAUUAUAAAAACUCAUGCUGCUUUAAAAUUUCUUUCGCUUAGAUAUAAUGAACAUAGAUUAAGUGUAUUACGAGUUAAUG